AUGCUCACACGAUACGGAGUCAUCUCAUGGCUCGCCCUGUCGACUCUGGCAGCCGCCAAUCCUCCGGCAGCCCCUCCAGCCCAGCAGCAAUGCGAGCCCAAGACCGAGACGAUUGUACACACUGUCCACGAGACUGUUCAUGUUCCUACGACAAUUCACAAGACGGUACACGUCACGCUGCCGGGGGAAGUAAAAACAGUCCACGUUCCCGUUCCGACGACGAUACACCAGGUCGAGACAGUCCACGAGAAGAUUCCAGUACACGUCACCGUUCAUGUUCCGACGACAAUCAAAGAGACUGUACACAUCACUCAGCCUCCUCAAGUUAUCAAGGAGACGAUACACGUCACUCUGCCCCCGCAUGUGGUCAAAGAAACGAUUCAUAUCACCGAAACGAAGAAGGAGGUCCAGACUCUCCCUCCUCAGGUGGUCAAGGAGACGAUACACGUCACUCUACCUCCCCAGACGGUCCACGUCACUCAACCUCCUCAAGUGAUUAAAGAGACAAUCCAUGUCACUCAACCGCUUCAAGUCAUUAGAGAGACGAUACAUCUCACCCAGCCUCCUCAAAUCGUCAAGGAGACCGUACACGUUACCUUACCCCCUCUGCCUCCUCAGACAAUUCACGUCACCCAGCCUCCCCAGGUGAUUAAAGAGACUGUCCAUGUCACGCAGCCUCCUCAAGUCAUCAAGGAGACUGUACACGUUACCUUGCCUCCAUUGCCUCCUCAAACGAUCCACGUCACUCAGCCUCCGCAAGUUAUCAAGGAGACGAUACACGUCACUCAACCGCCUCAAAUCAUCAAGGAGACUCUGCCUCCUCAGAUUGUCAAGGAAACCAUUCAUGUCACCCUGCCUCCAGUCAGGGAGACAGUACACGUCACCUUGCCUCCUCAAAUCAUUAAAGAGACCCUGCCUCCCCAAGUUGUCAAGGAGACUGUUCAUAUCACGCAGCCUCCUCAGGUAAUCAGGGAGACUCUUCCGCCUCUGCCGCCUCAAAUAGUCAAGGAGACUAUUCACGUCACUUUACCUCCAGUCAAGGAGAUGGUUCAUGUAACCUUGCCUCCCCAGGUAAUCCAUCAAACAGCGCCGCCUCAAGUCGUCAAGGAAACAAUACACGUUACCCUUCCUCCUCAGGUGGUCAAGGAAACAGUUCAUGUCACCUUACCUCCCCACGUUAUCAAGGAAACAGUCCACGUUACGCAGCCUCCUCACACCAUCAAAGAGACGAUUCAUGUUCCUCAGCCUGCGCAGACCGUACACGUAACGCAACCUCCCCAAGUCAUCCACCAAACGGUUCACGUCACCCAGACGGUCAGCCACUGCGCAACAACAAUCGCAGCGCCAGUCUUGGGCCAUCAGCCGUCUCCACCUCCGGCAGUUCAUCCCUCAGCGGCACCGGUCGCACCACCAGUUCACGAAGCUCCCCCUCCGGCCCACACCAUGGCCCCUCCAGUCCAUACUCCUCCGCCGGUCGAGCACCCUGCACCAGUAGCGCCCCCAGCUCAUCAAGCGCCGCCCGCCGAAGCUAUGCCUGUUCAUACGCCUCCAACUGAGGUCAUGCCGGUACACACACCUCCCGUAGAGGCUGCCCCAGUCCACACACCUGCUGCAGCCCCUCCCAUUCACGAGGCCCCGGCAAUUGCUCCCCCAGCUCACGUAGCGCCUCCCGCUGAGGCCGCGCCCCCUGCUCAUCAGAUCCCUUCCAUCGGAUUCACACCAAUCAACCCCCCAGCUGAGCCCGCGGCAGAACCUGCACACCCCAUGAAGAUGAGGUUCAUGGCUAGGAGAUAA